AUGCCUGCUAGUCAGAACAACAUCAAAUUGCUCACGGGAAACUCCCAUGUCGAGCUUUCCCACCUCAUAUCUGAGAAGCUAAACAUAGGCUUGGCCAACGUGACCGCUUUCCAAUACACAAACAGAGAAACUGCCGUAAUUGUUGGCGAGUCGGUUCGAGAUGAGGACGUCUAUGUCAUACAGACUGGCUGUGGAGAACAAAAUAUUAACGAUUACCUCAUGGAAAUGAUGGUGAUUAUGAACGCUUUGCGUACCUCGAGUGCCAGAAGAAUAACGGCCGUGAUACCGAAUUUUCCAUACGCCAGACAAGAUAAAAAAGACCGGUCCCGAGCACCGAUUACUGCCAAACUUAUUGCUAAUUUGCUCCAAACCGCUGGAUGUAACCACGUCAUCACCAUGGAUCUCCACGCAUCCCAAAUCCAAGGCUUUUUCCGGGUUCCAGUGGACAAUUUGUAUGCGGAACCAUUGGUGUUGCGAUACAUCAAAGAGAAGUAUAAUAAGGACGAUUUAGUUAUUGUUUCACCCGAUGCUGGCGGAGCAAAGAGAGUGGCUUCUAUUGCCGACAAGCUAGAUGUCAGAUUUGCCUUGAUACACAAAGAAAGACAACGAGCCAAUGAAGUGUCUCGAAUGGUGCUUGUUGGAGAUGUUAAAGAUAAUGUAUGCAUACUCAUCGAUGAUAUGGCAGACACUUGUGGCACUCUUUGCAAGGCAGCAGACAUCUUGAUGGAUAAUGGAGCCCAGAAAGUCAUCGCUAUAGUUACCCAUGGAAUUUUUUCCAGCAAUGCCAUUGAGAAACUCAACCUGUCUCGGCUCGACAAGAUCGUGUGCACCAACUCCAUGCCGUUGGCUGACAAGCUCCAAAAAUGCCCCAAACUAGAAAUCAUAGAUAUAAGCCCGAUAUUGGCGGAAGCGAUCCGAAGACUACACCACGGAGAGAGUGUAUCUUACUUGUUUAAUAAUGCUCCAUCUUAG